AUGGCUGAGGAGGAGGGUGAUGUGGACGAGGAGGACGUGUUCCUGGCGUUUGCCCGGAGGCCCUCUCCUCCCAGGGGUCCCCUGCGGCAGGCCAUGGACAAGGCCUUCUUUAUCUUCCUGGUCCUCACCCUGACACUACUGACGCUGGAGGCUGUUUAUAAGCUGCUAUGGCUGUUACCAUGGGCAAAGUUUGGGGACUGGCUCCUGAGAACACCUCAGAUGGAGGAGGAGCUGGAACUGUGACCGCCUUUCCUAUAAACGUCCUCUUUCCCUGCCACAGAGCUCUCUCAGAGGAAGAGAACGAGAGAGACUCGAGGUAUUUUACGAGCCUCAUUUCGUCUCACGGCAAUUGGCACAGAUUCUUCUCAGAACCCCCUCCCCACAUCGCCCGUCCUCAGGCCCUGGAGCCCCUGGACAAAGCACGGCCUCCUGGUCAUCAGCGCCUGCGCCUCGGGAAUCCCCUCCAGAAAAGGAAGGAGAACCACCCAGGUCCCACCUACUUGGUUGGUCAUUAGUUCUGUGGUGGAGCUUGAAAAGCAAACCAACAACAAUAGCAGUAAUAAUAACACAU